UCGUAUGAUUUCAUUUAUGCGAAUACCGGAAAAAAGAACUAUCAAUAAAAAUAAUACAUUUAUAAAUCAAGCUUUCCUUGACAAAAUUUAAAUCGUCAAAACAUGUUAUUGUAUAUACAUAUGACUUCCUACUUUUCCCGUAACUUGUAUAUUAUAUACACCAGGGGUGGCCAACAUGACUAUGUACGCGAGCCACAUGUAUUAAUAAAAUUAUAUCAAGAGCCAAAUUAUCUAAUGUGUACUUUUAUACCACAAAAGUAAUAAAGAUAGCAAACAGCCGAUAAACAUAUCAAAUUACGAAAUAUGAAAUUAUAUCGUUUUUAAUAUAGUCUGUAGUCUGUGUUGAAUAGUCCUAUUGUAAACACCUCAAUUUGUUUUGUAAAAUAUUUGUAAUAUUUAAUAAUUAUAUUUGUAAUAUUUUACCGAUACUUAUUGCGAAAGUUAGUUACGAUGUCAAUUUCUAAUAAAGCGGUUAAACGUAAAUAUGAAGAAGAAAAACGGGAAUUUAAAUUAGAAUGGGAAGAACUAUACUUUUUCAUACAGAAAAACGAUAAACCAUUUUGUCUCAUAUGUCAAGUUACAUUAUCACAGUUUAAGGUUAGUAAUUUAAAACGGCAUUACGAAACCAAUCACAGCACAUUUAGUCGAGAAUUUCCUAUUGGUUCUGAUUCGAGGAAAAAUAAGCUAUGUUCGAUGAAAUUAAAAUUUGCUAAACAAACUAAUGUUAUGACAAUGUUUACGAACGAGGCAGACGACUGUGUAGAAGCAAGUUUUGUAAUUGCCUUUAAUAUUGCUCAAGCAAAACGUCCGUAUACGGACGGCGAGUAUAUAAAAAAAAAUAUUUUAGAUGUAAUUUCUGUUUUAAAUCCUGAAAAUCAAAAACUUUUAAAAAUGGUUGAAAAUGUACCAGUAUCACGACAUACAAUAGAAAGGCGUAUUUCAACAAUUAGCUUUGAUAUUUUCACCAAUUUAAAAAACAACAUUGCUAAUUGUUUAUCUCUUAGUCUAGCUUUAGAUGAAUCUACCGAUAUCCAAGAUAAACCUCAGUUAGCCAUAUUUGUUCGUUAUGUUACGAGUGAUGUAGAUGUGAAAGAAGAGUUGUUAGAUCUAAUUUCAUUGAAGGAAACUACUCGGGGUAUUGACAUUAAGAUUGCUCUCGAUGAAACUCUACAAAAAGCUGAAAUUCCACUAAACAAAAUUAUAAGCAUUUCAACUGAUGGAGCUCCUAGUAUGGUGGGUUGUAAAAAUGGAUUAAUAGGACUUUUAAAAAAUGAUACUAAUUUCCCAGAUUUUAUACCUAUUCAUUGUAUUCUACAUAGAGAACACCUAACUGCUAAAUAUUUUAAAUAUGAUCAUGUGAUGGAUGUUGUUUUAAAAAUUGUAAAUUACAUACGUUCAAGUGCAAAAACACAUCGGCAGUUUAAAAACUUCCUAGAAGACAUAGAAGAUGAUAUUCCUAAUGAUGUCCCAUGGUAUUGUCUAGUUAGAUGGUUGUCGGUCAAUAACAUUUUAACUAAAUUUUUUCAAUUAAUAGAACCAAUCAAAGUAUUUUUAAUAGAAAAAAAUAAAAGUUUUCCUCAACUUUCAAAUUCAAAUUGGUUAAGAGAUUUGGCAUUUUUUACCGACAUCAUGCAACAUUUAUCAACAUUAAAUGUAUCUCUUCAAGGUCAAAAUAAAUUAGUUAAUGACCUAGGGCAAAAAGUAUUUAGUUUUCAAAAUAAACUAAAACUUUUCAUACGAGAUUUACAAUCAAACAAUUUUACUCACUUUUCAUGUUUAGAAAAAAUAGAAGCGUUCCUGAUAGAAUCAGAAAUAAAAAUUAAUUGUGACGACUAUGUACUUAAACUUGAAUUUUUAUUUACUGACUUCGAAGAACGAUUUCGAGACCUAAAGGCAUUAAAACCCUCAUUCGGAUUUUUAGAAAAUCCAUUUUUAGUUAAUGUCAUUGAAAAGGGAUGUCCAUUAUCACAUCCUAUCAUCACAAAUAAAGCGGAUCUCGAAAUAGAACUCUUGGAGUUAUUAGAAGAUGAAGGUCUUAAGCAGUUUAUAAACAAUUGUCCCUCUAUAUUGGAAUUUUGGAAGCAUAUUUCUAUAUUAAAAUACCCAAAUAUUAAAAACUGUGCGGUAAAAUUGAUAUCAAUUUUUGGAACGACGUAUUCAUGUGAAUCACUUUAUUCAACAAUGAAAAUAAUUAAGUCAAAAUAUCGUUCAAAUUUGACUGAUGAUCAUCUUACAGAAUUACUAAGAACUGCUCUUACAUCAAUUCAACCAGAUCUUAAGAAGCUUACUAAAAAAGUAGACACGAAAAAAAUACCACGCAAACAAAAUUAGCUUAAUGUUUAAUUUUUUAAUUUAUUAUUCAUAUUAAUUAAAUUAAUUUUUUUUUUGUUUGAUUUAAUCUAUAUUCUAUCCACUAUAAUACUAAAGCCUUAAAUAAAUACAAUAAAAACAUUUUUUUAUAAAUGUAUACAAAAAAAAUUAAAAUAUUUUGGUUUUUGUAAAUAAGACCGCGAGCCGCAUACGACUGUGACGAGAGCCGCAUGCGGCUCGCGAGCCGUGAUUUGGCCA